AUGAAGAACUCCCACACUAUCCAGGCCCAGCCGGUUGCCUUGAGGAUUGCCAGUAGCGACUUCAACUUGUCCUGCUCCAAGCAGACAGACAGCACAGCUCCCAUCCUACAGUUGGAGGUUUCUGACGACCAGUUGAGGACCAUCAGCGCUCAAGGAGACACAGCCCGCUUCCUCUUCUACAUGACAACCAAAGGCAUCUCCCUGACCACCUUCGAGUCGGCCAAGUACCCCGGCUGGUUCAUCAGCACCUCACUGGAGCAACGCCAGCCCGUAGCGAUGUGUCAGAAAGAGGACCUCAGAAAGCUCACCAACUUCUAUGUCAACAACUAAACACGCAACAUAGACCCAGUCCCAAGAGUGUAUAUACCAAGUACAGCCAGAGAGAGAGAUCAGACAGAUGGAUACUGUAGAGGUGUUGAAUUGAUAGACCCUUCUACCACCACACUCUUCGGCUGUCCCCAUAAGAGAACCCUUUUUUGGUUCCAGGUAGAUCCCUCUGUGGAAAGGGUUCUACAUGGAAC